GGAGAAACCGCUGAGAAACAAAAACGUGUGUUCCAUGAACGAUACAAACGGAAUACGAGUGAAGUGUUACCACAAAUACGCCAGAGGGAGAGCCAAGGCGAAAGCAAAAGAAAAAUCAAAUCGAGACGCGUUUCGCGUGUCCCGCAAGACCCAUCAAGUGUCAAAAUUCCGACCUACUACUCGACGAAUACGUGCGGCGCGUGCUACCAGAGCGAGGACAUUAUGCUCUUAUCCUACCGAUGCAUAUACUCGGUGCUGCUGACGACCAUAGCCAGCAUUAUGGUCGUGCUCAGCAGCAGUGCCUCCCAGAGUUCCCUGCUGCCCACCGUCCGCAAGUGCGGAGGUGCCAACAGCGCCAUGGGAUCCUCGGCCCACACAAUGGCCAUGAAUUUGGCGGCCUACGGGCUGCUCGAGAAUCGGAUUAGCACACUGGAAGCACCGCGACAGACGCACUGGAGCAAGAAGUUCCUGGCCAAGCGCGAGGCAACGCCCCACACGGCGCCCUACGUGGUCAGCAUACAGAUGAUGACCUCCGACCAGGGCCUGGUACACUACUGUGCCGGCACUGUGAUCAACGAGCACUGGAUCCUGACGGCCGCCCACUGCCUCAACUCGCCGCAGACCGUCGAGAACUCGGUGAUUGUCGCAGGCAGCCACGACAUCCAUGACCACCGCGGCGAGGCGGCCAACAUCCAGAUGCGCCACAUCGACUACUACGUCCGCCACGAGCUCUACCUUGGCGGCGUCAAUCCCUACGACAUCGCGCUCAUCUACAUCAAGAGGCCCCUGGUCUUCGACGAGUACGUCCAGCCGGCCAUGCUCCCCGAGCAGGAUGCUCAUCCCGAGGGCUAUGGCACUCUGUACGGCUGGGGCAACGUCUCGAUGACCGCCGUGCCCAACUAUCCGCACAAGCUGCAGGAGGCCAACAUGCCCAUCCUGGACAUGGAGCUGUGCGAACAGAUUCUCGCCUGCUCCGGCCUCCAGCUGCACGAGACGAACCUCUGCACGGGCCCCCUCACCGGCGGCGUUAGCAUCUGCACCGCCGACUCGGGCGGCCCACUCAUCCAGCAGUGCUGCGAGGACUCCUUCGAGCAGGGCAACAUCGUCAUCGGCAUCGUAUCGUGGGGCAAGAUGCCCUGCGGCCAGAAGAACGCGCCCUCCGUCUUCGUGAGGGUUUCGGCCUUCACCGACUGGAUCCAUCAGGUCAUCAGCUCGGCCACGCAUAUCAUGUGAAAGGCCACUGCCAGGGAGAGAGACGACUAUGGAAGCCCACCAAAGAGCUCGAAUGUGAAAAUAUCGAAAAAAGAAAAUAUACCCAAACAAAAACACACAAAAAAUCAUCAAAACCCAAAGAAAAAAUGAAAUUCUCUAGACAAUCUCAUUAGGAUUAAGAAUUAAGAAUCAAUAAAGAAUAUAUACUGCCCCGAUCCUUCCAAUAUAAGUUAUAGUCUUAAGCAAAGAGAGA